UAGGACCAUAUCCAUGAGGCUACAGAUCUAGACCGUCAUACAUUGCCACCUGACCAGCUCACCAGAAGUUCUGUUUGACAGAAAUCACAACCGACAGAUAUGGAUAAUGCCAGGGCCGAGAAACUGAGGGAGAUCAGGAAGUCAGCGUCCGUCCACAUCCUUGGUUGCAAGUUCAUCUCGGAGGACCGGGAUGCGGUUAAGGCUGUAAUCGAACAUCCGGGUAUGGUUUCCGGUGACUAUGACGUCAAUGGUCAACCUAAACUCUGGCAGAUGAUGAAGCUGAUGGGAGCGGCCAGAUUCUUCGCUUAUUCCCACCCUCUGGACCAAGAAGGCAGAACAUUCAGAGAUUUUUCAAAAAUGACCAGUGAUCGGAUGACAUUCAUGGUAUCGUCGGAGAUCACAUUCUACAAAGAACUUUACGACUUUUCCAUUAAAAAAACACCACUUCGAAUGCAUGUCAUUGGCGGAUACAUUGGCAGCUCGUCAUUAAACACUAUCACAAACAUGUAUGAUUCGACAGAAAAGGUGUUAUUAGCUUCAAAUAUUACUCAGGUUGUUAGCAUCGACAAAGCGACCCGGCGACCGAAACCACUUCCGGAUUGGUGGCGGGAAAAAUACGCGGAGUCCGCGAAAAAGUAUGUGUCUCUGAAAUUUGACAAACUGACGCGUCCAGACUGUGCUAGUGUAUAUGAAUGUCACGUGGCCUGGAGUGAUACAGAUGCUUAUUGUCACACAAACUGGGCGUCGUACGCUAGAUUCGUCGUCGACGCGGCACACUAUUCGUCACGUAAAGGCGACUUGAAACACUUUGACGACAAUUUGGCGAGAGGUCUACAUAGAGUUGAGUUACACUAUUGUGGUGAGAGCUUUAUGGACGACACCGUCACGGUAUAUACUUGGGAAGACCAAAACAAUUCAAAUAAUCUUUACUUCGAUAUGUGUAAAGCCGAUAAAUCUAUAUUCCAAUGUAAAUUCCACUUUUUCGAUUGCUAAAACAUCAAAGGGUCCAAAAAAUUCAGAAACCCUAUCAGUAUCUUGGGUAUGUCUAUCAUUUUAUCCGAAACACAUAUAUACGCAGAAAUUGUUCUGCUUCAUAAACAACCACAAAGAGCUAGUAACUGUCGUACAUGACGAACCACCAAACAAAAUGGCGUCACGUACAUUUCUGAUCAGGAAAUACAAUGCAAGACAAAAUCAAAAUAUUCUGAUUUUUACGAGACUAAUUUCUUAUAUGUGUAUAAUUUUUCUAUGAGAAGUUAUCACAUUAUAUAUUAAAAACAUUACUUAAGUCUCCGGCAGAUAACGCUUAGGUACAUCGGAUUAAUAUCUUAACCAGAUCGUGCAAUAUAAUGAGUUAAUUUCUUUGUUAUGAUUAAGAAACAUCUUUGUUUAUUAUAAUAGCAGUUUCUCUGGCGUUUUCUCCUUUAAGGCUCAGUCACUGGUGCUAUGGAUAUAUACAGACUAGCCUACCAUAACGAACACGCCCAGCAUCUGUAACAGUAACACUUUAUUGACAUAAAUGUCUUACAAAUGAUUCUCUUAUGAUGCACGUUAUUUAUUAAAUGAUAUAUUUGUUUA